CCAGCUGGGCUAGGAGGUACGGCAUUGCUGGGCGAUUACGAGCAAAAUUCUUGAUGUUUCAGUUUUUUUAUGAUUUACUGUCACAUCAUACGCCUACUACGGUUUGCCAAGCGAUUCUGCUUCCAAAAUUAAGCGAUGCUGGUCACCGUUUUCUGCGCGCCGAGGGAUCGCCCAGAAACCACAUUCGCCCUCGAUGUAUCCCCGGAGCUGGAGCUGAGAGACUUUGUGGCACUUUGUGAACUCGAAUCGGGAAUCCCGGCGGGAGAAAUUCAGAUCUCCUAUGGAGAGCAGCCCCUAAAAGACCCCACGUGUGCCUUGGGGACCUACGGCGUCAAGGAUGGAGACGUGGUGGUCCUCAGGCAAGCCGACAGAGGGCCGCCACCAACUCAGCCAGCGUUCCCAGGUCUGCCCCGUAUCGACUUUCGCUCCAUCACAGUCCCCGGCGCCUCGACUUCGACUGCUCCCCAUAGUACCAUCAGGCCGCCGCAACAACAGGCUGUACCGCCACCACCGCAGCAUCAGCCGCCACCACCCCAGCAGCAGCAGCAGCAGCAGCCCCAGCGCAGCACGCAACCCUCCACGCCGCCGACCUUUCGCGGCUCCUCUUCUCAGGGGCUUGACGACCCCGCCUUACUGCAGCAGAUGCUCCUUUCCAAUCCACAUGAGCUGUCCCUGCUGAAAGAGCGAAACCCGCCGCUUGCUGAGGCCUUGCUGAGCGGAGAUCUAGAGCGUUUCACAAAAGUGCUGCUGGAGCAACAGCAGGACCGAGCCAAGCGGGAGCAAGAGCGAAUCCGACUUCUGACUGCGGAUCCUUUCGAUUUGGAAGCGCAGGCAAAGAUCGAGGAGGAUAUCAGGCAGCACAACGUAGAAGAAAAUAUGACCAUUGCAAUGGAGGAGGCCCCAGAAAGCUUUGGGCAGGUGGUUAUGCUCUACAUUAACUGCAAAGUCAACGGGCACCCUGUGAAAGCUUUUGUCGACUCAGGUGCCCAAAUGACUAUCAUGAGCCAAGCCUGUGCGGAGCGCUGCAACAUCAUGCGACUGGUAGAUCGGCGCUGGGCAGGCAUCGCCAAGGGAGUGGGCACGCAGAAGAUAAUCGGCAGGGUUCAUUUGGCUCAGGUCCAGAUUGAAGGGGACUUUCUUCCCUGCUCUUUCUCCAUCUUGGAGGACCAGCCGAUGGACAUGCUGCUCGGCCUGGACAUGCUCAAGAGACACCAGUGUUCAAUCGACCUGAAGAAAAGCGUGCUUCUCAUCGGCACGACGGGCACCGAGACUCGCUUUUUGUCCGAGGCUGAGCUGCCCGAAUGCGCCCGGCUGGCAUACGGGCCCGAGGGGCGUGAGGAAAGCCGCCCCGAAGAGAUAGCAGACAGGGAGCUCGCGGAGGCACUUCAGCGGUCAAUACAGGAAAGCGGACAACACUGAUGCAAAUGGAGACACCUGGAGAGGGGCCUAACAAUCAGACACUGCAGACGGACAGACUACCUCACCACAGCCGCCGCCAUUGUCACUACCCACAGCCUCAGACCAAAUGUCCUCAAGCGCCCACCCGCAGAACCUCGACUCUGAUUGCUCAGAGUCGGCCCAGGACCAACUUGGCUUCCAGGAGCUACUUCUGCCUAUCGCGCAGGAUCAGCUCCAGCCUCCAGAAGAUCAUACAAUAUCUGUAGAAGAAGCCCAGGGACCUGCUCAGUCAGCUGAAGCCCUUCAGUGUUCAGAGGGUUGCGAGGAGGGGACAUCCAAGGUAAAGAACAGCCCCACGCUCCCCUAUCCAGAGCAAGCAGACAGUCAGCCCAUGGAGCAUGAGGCGACGAGGUCCCAAACGACGAAUCCCGGCCAGUCGGACUCUGUCGAAAUGAACUCCUCUGACAGGGAUCAGCCCGAGGGCUCUGACAGCAUCCCAUCUCUGGCUGCCGCUCUCUUGGAACUCCAUGAACUGCUGCUUUCCAACAACUGCGGUGGCCCCCGCCCCACUACGCAUCCCCAGGAGGCGGAUGCGACCCAAGUCAGUGCAGAACAAAGCGAUGCCAAAGCCGAACCAGCUGCUGCUUGCGACAGGCCCUCAGAGAGAGAAGGACCAGACUCUUCGGAUGGGCCUCUGGAGCCUCCAGCUGAAGCCAGAGACUCCAGUAUUUAUCAUCCCGAGUCGGCGAGUUCUCCAGAGCCUCCGGCUGAAGCCAUAGACUACAGCAUUUAUCACCCUGAGUCGGCGAGUCCUCCGCACCCUCCAGCUGAAGCCAGAGACCCUAACAUUUAUAAUCCUGAGUCGGCGAGUUGUCCUGAUCCUGAAGGGGACUGCAGGGAACCCCCCGAAAGGCAGCAGGGGAGCGAGGAUGCGCACCGACGAGCCCCGGAUGCAAACACCCCGGACAGUCUUGUCACCGGCACCUCCGCUAUACUUACUCCCGUCCCCGUUACGGAACAAUUUCCGGCCGAACACAUCCAGAGAAUCCAGGCUGCAGGUUUUUCUGCCCGCGAUGCUGCAGAGGCUCUCGAGCAGGCGCACGGGGUCGUGGAGCUGGCUCUGCUGGCGCUCCUGGCCCGCAGCAUCACCGUGCCCACCUAAGACUCCGAGCCUGCCCCCACCGCCGUCUCGUCUCCCUUUACGCUUUUGGUUUUUGAUCCAGAUGUCUCGUGCCCCUCUUUGUAGGGAGCAUGUCUUAACAGGGAUAUGCUGUCACACAGUACUGAUUAAUAAUAUCCUUUUUCUUGACAUAGCGGAUAUUAUAGCUAUAUAGAGAAUUCGGGCGAGCACCCAUCUCAAUGGUAUUAACGUGUUUUCUACUAUAGCUUUAUUUUAUUUUUUUCUUUGUCAUCCAACAUUGACAUAUGCCAUUUAUUGUGGAACCAUUCAAUAUAUCAUUUGCCAUUUAUCCUUAAGUAGGGUGCACACAUACCCAUUUUUUAACAUUUUAACUGAUUUUUUUAUGUGAGAGAUCCCACACAACAAGCUUAAAAAAGUGUGUUCUUACUGCUUGAAUAGUGUGUCGUGUACUCCAGAUACCCAACACACACACACCGACACCAAUAUCUCCACUAAUGAUCGUGAGUCUUUUCCACCAAACCAGGUAUCUGUCUUAGUACUAAGAUUGACCUGUGAGAGGCAGCAUGGUGCCACAGGACAUCCCAACUGCUGGAAAAUACAAAGACUCACAGGCAGCAUGGUGCCACAGGACAUCCCAACUGCUGGAAAAUACAAAAAACGAAAGAGUAGUGGUCGAAGAAGAAAUAGAAGCACCUUCCUGAUUGGCUAUCAUUCCAUUUCACAUCAAAAUCUCAGUCUGCAAAUCAGCUCAACUCAGUGUUGGACACAUUCAUAAGCAUUUGCGGUCAUAAAGAUUGAACAGGUUUAACAUUUACGAUUGUCCGUUGAGAGUUUUCCGAGCAGACAGGAGGAAAAAUCACUUAACACAUCCCACACCACGAGAUAAUCUUUCAGAGACAUCCCAGAAUGUAGGCUUUGGUGACUUUGAUCACAAGGGAGGGAGAAUGCUCAAGUUUGGCCUGAUUAUUGGUAUGUUUGUGCCCCUCUUUCCGACCUCAACUGUUUUGCAAGGUGAUCGGGGGAGGACCACUUACCCCACACCACUGGAUGAUCGGCAAGGCUGAUCUUUUACAGCUGUAUGAUAAUCGGCCCUUUACUAAAUUUGAUCGCAAGGGAGAGAAAUUGAUCAUGUUUGGCCUGAUUAUUGGUAGGCAGACACUGUGAUUGUCAGCCCUGACUGUUUUCAAGUAAAUUGAGGAAAGAUCACUCUUAAUACACCAUAUCAAUCGGUCUGAUUUUGACUGGAAAAUGGGAAAAAUGCUCAGAUUCUGACCGAUCCAUGUUUUUAACCUGUUUUCUACAAUAGAUUAACCUAAUGUUGACACAUACUGUAAAUCAUUUAUUGUUCAAAGAAAACAUAAUUUGCCCUUUGUUGUUUCCAUCUAUCCAUCCAUUUUCCUAACAUCUUAUCCUCACUUGGGUGGCGGGUGUGCUGGAGCCUAUCCCAGCUAUCUUCGGGCGAGAGGCGGGGUACACCCUGAACUGGUCACCAACCAAUGUAAUUUUAGCAAAAUUAUUGUUGGAAGAGUAUUAGUAAAUGAUCUCUAAAAGUUGCCACAAUGCAACAAAUUGAACAAGUCUACAACUGUCCCUAAAAUAAGAGCGAGAAAACAUAUAUUGUACACAAAAUCUAAUUUAAGGGCUUUUUUUUGUGUGGGGGGUUGCUAUUUGAUAUGUCAAAUCAAGACGGGUGCGCACAACUUUAUUUUCUUUUCAUUUUGUCUGUGAGAUUAUGGCUUCAAAUGUACCCGCCAUCUUGUAUCACACGGCCUUCUCCGGGUCAUCUGGCAGAUUUAUUUACGUUUAUCUCAUACGAGAUUUUAAAUGGCAAAAUAAAACCGGAUUAGUAUUUGUA